GGGGCUUUGUUGUUUCAAACCACGCCCGACUGGGAAAUAUGGACCCCAGACUCAUCUUGGGUGACAAUGAAAUUUCCACCGGGGAACGCGAGUGUGCAAACGGUAUAUCUUCCCCACGCCGCCUGGGCCUCGCUUUGUCGUCUCUCUCUUCUUGUGAACAGUCUGCGACUUUCGUUAUCACUCCUUUGACGAUCCGUCAACACGCUCCUUUAUCCCCGGUGGAUAUACACAUUCAUUACAUCCCAACCACAUACAACCAACUGAUCAGGCCCAUUUCCCCUGGAAUCUGCCCGAUUACCCACGCUCUCUACGAGACCAGCCCCCUGAAUAAAUUCACCCGACGAAAAAAAAUGCAUUCUGUUAAGAGCCUUUCUCUCCUGGCCCUCGCGGCCGCCACGGCAUAUGCCGCCCCCGCCGCCGUCGAUGGAAAUGCCAUCGAGGCCCGCGAACCCGGCCGAGGCUACUGGGGCGGUGGUGGCAAAUGGUACUAUAAGAACGGCGGCAGCCCCCCUCAAAACGGCGGAACCGUUGAGACUGUCGAAAUCGUCACCGCUGUUGUAACUGUCACCGGCUAUGGCCCCGAACCCACGGCUGCUCCCGCCGAGGUCACCGCUGCCUCCAGCCCUCCCACCGGUUUCAGUGGAAACUUCCGCGGUGGUAACUCUGGUGGAAGCGCCCCAGCAAGCGGCGGUAACUCUGCUCCUGCUUCUUCUGCUGCUCCAUCAGUCGGCUCCUCCGGCUCCUCCGGCUCAACCCCCUCUGUUGGUGGUGGCGGUGAUUGGUUUUCCAUCGCCAACAAAUGGCGGGUUGCUAUCGGCAAGCCGGCCUUUACUGAAAGCUCUCAACUCGUCGCCAACGCCCAGGACACCGCCAACAGCUCCGGUGGCCAACUCAAGCACAAGCUGAACCCAGGCAGCUUCGCCCAAGUCCUGGCACCCGGUAACUCGGGCAACUUCGAGUCUGUCUUCCUUGGAGGAUGGCUUUGCGAACGCCCCAACCUUCCCGGAUUGAACGGCGUCUGCGCCUCUGCAUCACAAGGAUGGAACCAUGCCGGUCAGACGGGACAUGCCGACAUCAUCGACGGCAGCUACUCAAAGAUUGGCUGUGCGCUCGGUGAAGGUAUCUGGGCCUGCGACUUUGCCUAAGGGUAUUUAAGCGAUAAAUCCUGGCCGGAAGACUGAAAGCAAUGUGCCACCCUAACUCUAGGGAGUCAAAGGGGCACAGAGUGCACAGAUUCUGGAUCUAGGUAGUCGAUGGACGAGUGACGUUUCUUCAGCUAGUUUUUGGCAAUUGCAUUACAUUGUGCGUUCACUUCUAGUGUUUUUAUUGGGGGUGAGGAUUGGUGAAAUAAAAUCAUGCAUUCAGGUGCCUUUGAUUGUGCCGGAAAACGUGCGGCAAAUGUAGUAAAUGUGCAAGCACAUGACGACCAUUUGGAACUCCACCGACUGUGCUGGUCGGCGCAUCUCUGGCUGAUCACAUACCAUACGAGGCUGAGAGUAUGGCGAGUAGGUUGGACCCUGAGCCUCGCCGCUGUACCUCAUUCGUCAUCGUCAUCGUCAUCGUCACCCAUGUGAACUGGAGAUCAGAGUGGACGCUGUUCGGCGUCGACCCCAGGAUCUACAAGCAUGCAGAUGUAUAUCAUUGAACAAAACCGAUUGGCCGGACCCAGCCUGCCCAGCCCAGUCUAUAGCGGAAGAUCUACGGAGUACAUACUGUAUGCUUGGAGAUGACCACCACCUCAGACGAGUGAUACGAAUGAAACGGUAAGCAUCUGGCCCUUUAUCCCGCCGUUUGAGGACUGGGACGUCGAGCGUGCCAAAGACAUAAAUGCGGGCCAUGCUGUCGCGAGAGUUUGGAUACGUGGUGUGCCGGUAGGUGUUGGUAGGUGUGGGCGCUCAACGACGACGACAACGACAGGUGAUGCCGGAUAAAGUGUUCAACCUAGGGGUGUGUAACUGGCCGAAUUCGCUGUGCUGCGAUCGAGCGACAAUCUCCAGACACGUCACAGACCAUCAUCCAUGCCCUCGAGCUUGAGGUCGACUGUGUGUGGG